CCUGUUUCUCGCGAAUCGAUGAUUCAGUACUAAACGUGGAAAUCCGCUUAAUGGUUGGACAAUAGUGAAAUCUUAGAAACUACACUUAAAGUGAUGAUUUGAAACUUUUGCACUCUUUGCACAUAUACAUAUACACAUGCACACAUUCAUAGAAAUAUGAGCACGUAUGAUUACACCUCCGCGUUGUAUUUCCUGACGCGAUACAUAAACGUGAAGUGAAUAAUAGCCGCUGCGGUCUUAAGUGACGGUGUUGUUUUGAAAGUGUUUAGUACUGCAAACAAAGCGGAUAGAACUCGUAAAGUGAUGAAAGAAUUUAUGGAUGCCACGACUUUUAUUAUGAUUAAUCAAUGCAAACAAAGAAGGAUUAACUGAACUAAAAUUGCAUCGACACUUUUGGUCGCAGCAUGGUAAUCCACUUACAUUAGCGGUCUAGUCAAAAACGGAACUGAAUAAGGAAUUCUAUGAAAAAUUAAUUAUAAAAUAAUUACAACGGUCUGAACCGUGGUCAUAUUAAAGCCGUGAAAAUGCAAAAUGCCAUCAACGCAACAACAAGUAAUGUUGUUGUUAAACAUCUCCAACGGCAUAUACGCAUCGUCGAAGGAUUAUGGCAUCCCCAAGAGUAUCAAUUCCUCAUUAACGAACACUUCGCACACAAUGGACACCGCAAUAGUCAACACAGUGAAGACUACCACUUUCGUGAAUGCCUCCACAAUUAACGACAGCCAAUUACAAACAGUCGAUGAGUGUGGCAUUUCCGCGGAUACUGAGAAAUUCUACUGGAGUCACUUUGGCGUACAACUGGCCGUGCCAGAGUGGGAGGCCAUACUCACCACGAUAGUGCUCUCCAUUAUAAUUGUGCUUACCAUAAUUGGAAAUAUACUAGUGAUUUUAAGCGUAUUCACAUAUAAACCAUUGCGAAUAGUUCAAAACUUUUUUAUUGUCUCCCUAGCAGUAGCCGAUCUCACAGUCGCAUUACUUGUACAACCCUUCAACGUGGCAUAUUCGAUGCUCGGACGUUGGGAAUUCGGCAUACAUGUUUGUAAAAUGUGGCUGACUUGUGAUGUUUUAUGUUGUACUUCGUCAAUACUCAAUUUAUGUGCAAUUGCGCUCGAUCGGUAUUGGGCCAUAACAGAUCCCAUUAACUACGCUCAAAAGCGCACCGUGGGUCGUGUACUUUUGUUAAUAGCAGGUGUUUGGAUUCUAUCUUUGGUGAUCAGUUCACCACCACUUGUUGGCUGGAACGACUGGCCAGAUGAGUUCACAAGUGCCACACCUUGUGAGUUAAAUUCGAACCGUGGAUAUGUGAUAUACUCAUCACUGGGAUCAUUUUUCAUUCCCUUAGCAAUAAUGACCAUUGUAUACAUCGAAAUUUACAUUGCAACCAGACGAAGAUUGCGUGAGCGUGCCAAAGCUUCGAAAAUAAAUACAAUCGCUAUGAAAAGUGGCGAUGUCGAGGUGCCAGUCAUGAGUAGUACCAAUACCAGCCGGGAAGGCUAUGCGCUGGGUGCAAUCUGUUUGACUAUAUUGAGUUGUGGCAAAUCCUCAAGUCAGUCAACAACCGAAGUCAUAAUACAAAAUGAACAAGACUCUGUAAGCAGCGAAGCGAAUGUCAAUGAUGAAACACAGGAUAAGAAUAAUGUGCCAGACACUGAGCAAGAAAUAGUCGCUGUUGCGCAACGAAAGAAACCUCGUCGUGCCAAAAUAAAAGACUCAAUUAAGCAAGGAAAAAUGCGUGUGAAGAAACUACAGCAGCAACAAAAGGCCAAUGAUGAAAUUAACGAUGACAAAAAUGCCACUUCAGUUGAUGUCAUGAGAACGGAAGAAGCGCUUCUAAUGGUCGCAGAAAAUAAAGAGCUGGAAAAUUGUGAACUAUCUACCGGCGGUCAGAAAGCUGUCUCCGAUGCCACAGAACCAAUUGAUUCGAAUAAUGAAGAGAACACUUCAUUGAAAAUAACGCCACCGCAAUCAUCCAUAGGCGCCACAUCAAUGACAGCUAUGUCGCUGCAGAAAAAGCCUAGUGGUGUGUACCAAUUCAUCGAGGAGAAACAGAAGAUAUCAUUGUCGAAGGAACGACGUGCUGCCCGCACAUUGGGCAUUAUUAUGGGUGUGUUUGUUAUUUGUUGGCUACCAUUUUUCCUUAUGUACGUCAUCCUGCCAUUUUGCGAUACUUGCUGCCCGACAAAUAAAUUCAAAAACUUCAUUACUUGGUUGGGCUACAUAAAUUCCGGGCUGAAUCCGGUUAUUUACACCAUAUUCAAUUUGGACUAUAGGCGUGCGUUCAAAAGACUUCUCGGUUUUAAGUAAAAGGAAUUAAGAAAUAUUAAUAAAAGUAAAUGUUGAUGUUUGUAAAAGCUGUUGAUAAAUGUUUAGAGAUGUGAAUCGAAGGAUUAAUUGCAAACUUAUAUACUACAUAUACCUUUAUGGAUGUAUGUAUG